CGGCUCUUUGGAGGGGGCGCCGUCCUUAAAGGGGCAGGCACCCUUCGCGGCGGCUUUCUAACGACAUGGCGGUGGCCGGGGAUACGGAGCCUACGGGAGCUCGUCGUAGAAGUCACAGAUCCGCAUCGUUCACAGAUGGACUUUCGGCAGCUUCAUUCGCCGAGUAUCCGAGGCACAAGCCUUUCAUUAAUGCUGACUUGCGACGGUCCCCUGCCAAGCCAGUAAUUGCAUAUCCAGAGAGUAACAGCAGAGCAAUAUUCUCCGCACUGAAGAACCUUCAGGAGAAGAUCCGGCGGCUGGAGCUGGAACGGAUUCAGGCAGAGGACAGUGUGAAAAACCUGACAAAGGAAACCUCAGACUAUAAGAAAGUUUUGAAUGAGCAGCUGUUGGAGAGAGAGCAUUCGAAGCAGGAGGUGGCCAAGAAGAAUGAGGAGCUGGCCACUCAGCUAGCUAGUGCCGAAACUCGUUGUGGCUUGCUAGAGAAGCAGCUGGAAUACACGCGGCGAAUGAUAGAGCAGGCCGAACAGGAAAAGAUGAGCGUCUUGAGAAAGCAGGCCACGUUAGAAAGCGAAAACAUCCUUGAUCAGUCACAUGUGAAAUCUAAACUGGAGAGGCUGGAUAUGCUCGAGAAGGAAUAUGCCCGGCUGACUGCCAUGCAGUCUCUUGCAGAGAAAAAGAUGAAAGAGCUGGAGGAGAAACUCCAAGAAGAAGAACACACGCGGAAACUGAUGCAGGAAAAAGCAGCCAGGCUUCAGACUGGAUUAGAGACCAACAGAAGGUUGUUGCAAGCGAAGACGCCGCUGGUGCCGUCGUCGAUGCCUUUGAAACCAAAGAAGAUGAAGAAGAAAGUGAAGCACCAGGACAAGACUGAUUCUGGGAUGACCCACUUUCAUGCACAGCCCCACUAUAGGCUGCGACUGGGCGAUGUGCCGUUUGUAGCUGGAAAGUCCACUAGCCCCAGCCACUCCGUUGGGGCCAACGUCCAACACGUCUUGCACCUUAUGAAGCAUCAUUCGAAAGCCCUUUGCAACGAUCGCGUGGUGAGCGAAGUCCCGUUGUGUAAGCACGCAAACAGAGGCAGGCGGUCCUCCGGGUCAUCCAUCUCAUCCGCCUCGCAGGGGGACCUUUCUGAGGUGCUGCUGACUUUGCAGGAUGAACUGGGCCAGAUGAGCUUUGAUCACCAACGGCUAGCGAAACUCAUCCAUGAUGCUCCAACAGUCGUCUUGCGGGAAGACCUGGAGAAGGAGCUGGAAGGCCUGCUGAAAAGGAUGGAGGCCAAGGCAGAACAAAUCUCUAAAGUUCAGCGAUAUCUGGCACGGCUGGAGAAACACAGGCGUGAAGGCAAGCCCAAGCACUGCAGCCCCCAACAGAGCAAAGCUGGUGAAGGUAAAACGGCACCGGUGAAGGCGAAAGAUGCCGGCUCGAAAGCGAAGCCUGGAGAGAAGGGGAAGAAGAGCCUCCAGCUGCUGAGGGAAAUGCAGAGUAUACAGACGUCCCUUCAGAAAGAUGACAUCGGCUGGGACUGCUGAGGUGUUUUGCUUGUGUGUGAUUUUUCUUUUCUUUUGGUUUUGUUUGCACUUUUUUUGUCGUUCUCUCCUUGCUGGCUUCCCUGAAGGGGGAAAAAAACCCGAGGUCAAAGCUGCACUUUCUAAAGGAGAAGCCCUGUAAUUUUCCACCUGUAGACCUGAUCACAUUACAGCCCCUAAUCCUGCUGGAACCAGAGGGAGGGGAAACGAGAAGACGAUUUUAUUAAUUCAAUACACGUCCCGCCCUUUUACUUUACUGUCAGUUAUCCAUACUCUUUUGUUGUUGUUGUUGGUUUUUUGCCAUGAUGCCUAAUCCUUGGCCUACGUCCUGCCGUCUCGGGCAAUUAAUUUAAUUGCUCGCUUGGGGCAACUCUCAUCUGAGGCUGAAAGCAGACAAUGUCGUCGUCGUUGUCCCCCCCCCCCCCCCGCCGCCCAAGGCAAUUGAAGGUGGUACCACGGAGGGUACUGCUACCUGGGGACAGGGAUCACGCAUAUCGUCCUCGUUGUUCCUGGUUCACAGCUUAUGCAGUGCUUCAAAACAAUGCGCAAUGCCUUGUGCUUUUUUGCCCUCCGUAUGCAUUUGAUGAAAAAGUUUGUUUCUUGCACAGGUAACCAUGGUUCCAUUGUAGAUCUUCAACUCUUUUCAAAGCCCUUACCUGUCUCCCACCUCAAGCGUCAUGCCACCAUUUUUUUUUUAAGUGUGGGGGGACAUUUGACAUUUCACACACACUUUGUCACUUCAGCUGCUUAUGCAUCUCGACCUUCUGGUGCCAUUCUUGAAACUUAACAGCUCCACAGAGAGGUGCACAAACUAGCAAUCUCUUUGGCCUUUGGUUGCAGACCACCUACUUCUUAACCUUGGCUUUGCACAGAGCAAGGAGUUUCCUUCAGCAUUUUUGUCCCCAGGAAUGUGAUUUCAGAAUGGAACUUGAAUAGCCAUUUGCAUGUUUGGGGCUUUGGGUUUUCUUCCUUGUUUUAAUUUGUGUGCAAAAGAGCAGGAGGCUGGCAUCUGUGUUCUUAAAAACGCCUCAGAUCGUGCUGUUUUUAUACUGGCAGCUUGCUUUUAACAGACUCGCGCGCUGGACGAGGAGAUCUGGUGUUUCUCACAGAACUAAAAGAUUUUAUAACACAUACGCACGCACAUGGAUAUUAUUUAUUACAUUAAUAAUGUAAAGAGUUUCCAAUGAUUGGAAUGUACUCGUGACUCAAAAUUGCCUGUGUUCUCUGAGGUUUGAUUGGAAUCCAAUAAAGGCAACUUGCUAAUUGAAUAA